UUUGGCGGGUUUUCAGCGCUGUUUCUUCUUGGGCGGAAGGGAAAAGUUUGCAACCCAGAAAACAAGAAUUAUUUUCUGCUGAAAGAAUGGACGGGGCUGAUGACUUAGACCUGUUAGCUUCCCUCUUAGAGGAGAAUGAAGCAGAAGAAGAUUCGGCAGAGAAGGAAAGAGCAGCUGACCAUCAGGAUGAGUAUGAUUUACUCUUUGAGGCAGAAGACGACGAGUCUUACACCGAGGAGGUGGAAGAGGGAGAGGAGGGCUCCACUGCUAGCCAGGAAAACAUGGCUGAGCUGUUUGGGGAUGUGACUGACCUGUUGGAGGAAGAGAAGAAAGAAGGAAACGUUCAGAAGAUAUCCCAUCCUGUAGUUCCUGAUCAAGUGAAAGAACCUUCCAAGGAAGAUCUUCAAGGUGAGUUGAGAAAGCUGCAAGAGCAGAUGAAAAAAUUGCAGGAGCAGUUGGGAAGGACGGCGAUAGGAAAGCCAGCUGAUUCUGAUCCCUGCAAGAAAACAUCUGGGAAAUCAACCGCUGGUGUCAUUAAGGAAAGGACUCCUUCCAAGGUUCAAAAAUGCCCGUCUUUUUCAGCCCAGCUGAACAGUCCUGCUUUAGCCCUGCCAAAAAGCCAGUUCCAGAAAUCAAAAUCUAUGAUUGCAGUGAAUAAGAACCACACUUCAAAAGCUACACCUCGUCUGCUCUCACAGCCACUUAAAUCUGUGGUUGGAAACAGACCCGCUGCGGAUUCCAGUAAGAAAAUUCCAGUGACAAAAAAUUCCGAGAUCAAGAAUCAAAAUGUGUCCGUGGAAAUCUACUCUGGCUUGAAAUUAAGAAAACCUCGUGUCUCUUCGACCGAGAUGGAGAGGAAAAUGACUGGGCGGAAGCUGAUUAGGCUGUCUCAGGUACAAGACAAACUCCGAUCGUCAAAUCUUGAAGAAAUGGAUUGGGUCACCUUUGGUGUCAUAAUAAAGAAAAUGACUCCUCAAAGCAUCAACAAUGGUAAAACGUUCAGCAUAUGGCACCUGAACGACCUGCGUGACUUCAGCAGGUCCGUCUCUCUCUUCUUGUUUGGGGACGUUCACAAAGAGCACUGGAAGACAAAUCAAGGCAUGGUUGUAGGCCUCCUCAACGCUAACCAGAUGAAACCCAAGGAAGGAUCAGAGGAGGUGUCUCUAUCCGUCGAUCAUCCUCAAAAGAUCCUGAUUUUGGGGGAAGCCAUGGACUUGGGGACUUGUAAAGCGAGGAAGAAAAAUGGAGAGCCCUGUACUCAGAUAGUUAAUCAGAGCGAGUGUGAGUAUUGUCAGUAUCACAUACAAUCUGAGUAUCGAAAACGGAGCUCGAAGAGGGCAGACCUGCAGUCUACUUUCUCCACCACCCGGGCACCGAAACGGUCAGCCAAGCGGAACCUCGGCUUGAAAGAGAAGCUCUGCCAAGAUGGUUUUUACUACGGAGGAGUUUCCUCUGCGGCUUACGCUGCCUCCGUGGCCGCAGCUGCCAUUCCCAAAAAGAAAGUCCAAACGACGUUGACAAAUUUAGUUGUGAGAGGAGUGGAUGCGAUUCUGCAGGAAACCAAAGAAAAAUUGGGUCUUGGAAAGCCACCCUGUUCAGAAGAAUUCAAGGAACUCUUGGCGAUGCCUUCGUCUGGAGCCCGGAACCUCAAUAAACACUUCACCCAAGGAUCUACAGGGAAGCCAACCUCAGUUAUCCACUCCAUCUCUCCUUCAGCUUUGCUGAAGCUACAGAAACAACAAAUGUUGGCGGCCCGGAAACGAAGAUCUGAUGAAAUCCAGAGAAGAUUUCUUCAGGACCCUGCUGUUAAAAAGACCCCAGUCUCUUCUGUGGGGCAGGCUGUGCUGCAGUCCCCAACUCCAGCGUCCGAGUUUCCUAAAGCUGGACAACUGUCCAGCCCCCAGACCCCCAGACUUGGUUCGGGUCUCUCUGAAGGGGACGACGUUCUCUUCUUUGACGAUUGCCCCACUCCGGCCCCCAAACUGAGCCGCUUGGCAGAAGCCAAAAAGAUGGCAGCGAUAAAGAAACUGCGCGCAAAAGGCCAGAUCCUUUCCAAAGUAGAUCCCAACAGCGUCAAACGGAAACGAUCAGAUUUUGACGUUCCAGGGAUUUUUGAAAGAGUGGAGCAAAAUAUCGCCGAUUCAGAAGAGGGGGGAAUAUUAGAGCCCGUCGAAAAGAAACGGCGCCAGCAGCUUGAAUACCUGGAAUCGGAGGAGUUUCAGGAGAUCCUGAAUGCUCGCUCAAAACACAACGGUGUCCUUAAGGAGUUUGAGGCUGAGAUGCAGGAAAGGUACUUCGAGCCCUUGGUGAAAAAAGAACAAAUGGAAGACAAGAUGAGGAGCAUCCGAGAAAUGAAAUGCCGUGUGGCAACUUGCAAAACGUGCAACUACACCUAUUUCAAACUGCUGGAUUCGUGCGUGGCGGAAGGUCACGCUUACCACUGGCACAACGGGAUGAAGAGAUUUUUCAAGUGUGCCUGCGGGAACAGAGCCAUUUCCCUGGACAAGCUCCCCAAAAAACACUGCAGUAAUUGUGGCCUCUUUAAAUGGGAACGUGAUGGAAUGCUCAAGGAGAAGAAAGGCCCCAAAAUCGGGGCAGAAACUCUCCUGCCAAGAGGAGAAGAACACGCCCAGUUUCUCAACAGCAUGAAAUAAUGGCGGAUGGAUCCUGCCUUUGGCUAUUGAAUUUCCCCUCUGGAGAACUUCAGAACUCCGUGAAGCGUUUUCACACAGCCAUCUUCCUUCUAUGAACGACAGUCCGAUCCGAAUAACUUUUUCUGUUCCUUUGAAACUUGGUAAGGAUGUGGCUAAUCCUUGUCCUUCAUUGGAUUUGGGAAGAAAUGUCUUCUCGGAUAGUUCGUGGUGUAUUUGGAACGGAACCGCGAAGUCCAUUUCUUUGGAACUUUCUCUGAGAUUUUGGCAGUUCAGGAUGAGGCUGAAAAAAUAUUGGCACUCUUGUUUUCUGAGGUUCAGUUGUAGCUGAAGAAAUCCUCCGGAUAGGUCUUCGCCUAAAGCAGUGUUUCUCAACCUUGGAAGCUUGAAGAUGGGUGGACUUCAACUCCCAGA